UGCAGACGAUUACCGAGUGUGCCACUGUUCCGUUGUUAGGCCCCUAUCUUUUUUAUUCAACGACCUUUUCACGAGUGUGUAUGUAUUUCUUUCCAUUCCGGAAACAUAAUAUCCUUAAUAAAACAAAAAGGAACAAAGAGGUACAUACAGUGCAGCGUUAUACAAUUCUACUUAAAUGGUAAAGUACUUCAUGAGCCAACGAUCCUUGGAACGAAGUCACUAAAUCUAAUGACAUCGAAACUGGAGGAAAACGAUAUCAGGAUUAUUACAACGCAAAGAGAUGAUACGACAGUUGUACACAUUCAAUUCAUAUGAACGAUUACACUAAUGCUGUUUGGAAUGAUUUUUGUAAUAGAAUCUACGUCUGGUUCUUAAACAGAAAUGAUGUCCAUACAUGAAAAAGGUUUCAGUCCACUGCAUACAGCUUGUAAAAAAGGAGAUAUCGAAACAGUCGAACGCCUACUGGAAAAUCCAGCUGAUGUAAAUUUGCGCGAUGAAAAUGGAUUCACUCCUCUCUUUAGAGCUUGUGAACAUGGAUAUAGCCAAAUUGUACAACGCUUGCUUAAUGAAACUGAUAAUGCGACAAUUUAUCUUAGGCAAACACAAAAAGCUGACGUUAAGAUAUGUAGCAAUGACGGAUUCAGUCCCCUCUACAUAGCUUGUGUUAAGGGACAUGUCGAGAUUGUGCGAUGCUUGCUUGCAGCGGGUGCUGAUGUUCGCGAUAAACAAGGAUUAUGCCCUUUAUUCAUUGCAUGUCAAGCUAACCAUGGCGAGGUAGUUAAGCUUUUACUUGAACACAAAGCUGAGGUUAAUUUAUGUAACAACAAAGGAUACAGUCCCCUCUUUAUAGCUUGUGCCAAAGGAAAUGUCAAGAUUGUGCAAUGCUUGAUUGAAGCGGAAGCUGAUGUUAAUUUACGCAGUAAACAAGGAGUAAGCCCUUUAUAUAUUGCGUGUCAAAAUAACCAAGGCAAGGCAGUUAAGAUUUUACUUGAACACAAAGCUAAUGUUAAUUUAUGUAAUAUCGAUGGAUACAGUCCCCUCUUUACAGUUUUUAUAACAGGACAUGUAGAGAUAGAGAUUGCACAACACUUGCUUCAAGCGGGUGCUGAUGUUAAUUUAUGCGAAAACAGAGGAUUCAGUCCCCUGUCAGUUGCUUGUAAAGAAAAACAAGGCAAGGCAGUUAAACUUCUACUUGAAAACAAAGCUGAUGUUAAUUUAUGUAGCAAAAACGGAUGCAGUCCUCUCUAUUUCGCUUGUGAAGAAGGACAUAUCCAGAUUGCACAACAAUUGCUUGAAGCGGGGGCUAAUGUUAAUUUAUGUAAGAACGAUGGAUUCAGUCCUCUCCAUACAGCUUGUGAACAAGGACAUGUCGAGAUUGUGCAAUGCCUGCUUGCAGCGGGUGCCGAUGUUAAUUUAAGCGAUAAAGAAGGACGAAGCCCUUUAUGCAUUGCGUGUCUAGCUAACCAUGGUGAGGUAGUUAAAGUUUUACUUGAAAACAAAGCUAAUGUCAAUUUAUGUAGCCACAGCGGAUUCAGUCCUUUGCAUAAAAUUUGUGCAUGUGGACAUGUCGAAAUUGUACAACACUCACUUAAAACGGGUGCUGAUAUUAAUGUAUGCAGUAAAGACGAAGACACCCCCUUAGCAUUGGCUUGUAAAGAAAGGCAAGACAAGGCAGUUAAGAUUUUAAUUGAAAAGAAAGCGAAGCUUAAUUUAUGUAAUAACGAAGGAUUUAGGCCCCUCUAUAUAGCUUGUGCAUUAGGAAAUUAUGAGAUAGUACAACAUUUGCUUGAAGCGGGAGCUGAUGUUAAUUUAUGCGAACGAAAAGGAAUCAGCCCCCUAUUUAUUGCUUGUAAAGAAAAUAAAAAUGAAAUCGUAAAGCUUUUACUUAAAAACAAAGCUGAUGUUAAUUUAUGUAGCAACGAUGGACUCAGUUCCCUCUAUAUAGCUUGUGAAAAAGGACACGUUGGAAUUGUACAGCAACUACUUGAAAGAGGUGCGAAUGUCAUUUAAUUUGUUCAGGAUCCAGGGCGGAAUGACUUCAGUCUUUGCAUCCAGAACUUUUCUUUUUUUUCUCUACGCAUUGGUCCAAUCUGUCUGCCUGUCUGUAUACCUGUCUGCGGUGGGUUUUAUUUUAAGUUUUUUGUGAAUAAGUGUCUGGUUUUGCUGAUAUGCAAAUAUCAGGUGGUAUAGGACAAUCCCAUAUUGUGAGCUACUAUUUAUUGAAAUAAACAAUAAAAUCAAAUGUAAUUUUUAUUAAAAAAUUCUUUCUAAAUAUUGUCAUCUAACAGCGAAGUUUUCACUACGAAUCUGUACAUAAUGAGUUCAAUUCCCGCGGGAACUUUUAAUUUUUAUCCUUUCAAAAAGUAUUUAAAACGUAUUUUGUGGUUUAAACUUAAAUUAUUCUUUUUAUUCUUAAAUACUUUUAUGAUUGAUUUUUUUUUUAAUUGUUCGUUAUUUCCCUUGUCGACUGUCAUUGGAAUCUAUCAGGCUUUGCAGGUGUCAUGUGCAAGUUAUGUAAUUUCACAAAUCUCUCAAUCACCCUUUGGACUAUUACGUAAUUUUAAGAUUGUCAAGUUAGAUUCAUACUACGUAUUUCAGCCGAUGAAAAUAAGCUUUAUGAGCACGUGUUUUGAUGCGGUCUGUUACUGACCAGUAUCGAAUGCGUCAUUCAUAUCAUUGUUUUAAAAAGCAACAACAUUUUUGACACACUAACACACACCCCUACUCGACCUACCAUACUUACAUGUAUGUAUGCAUAUAUAUGAAUGAAUUUGUAUUUUAUAUGUCUUUUUUGAGCAUUUCUAUAUUUUAUGUUUUUGCGGUUUUUUUGUGUUUUUAGGGGGUUAGUUACCUAUUGUGAUAUAUAAUAGUUUGAUAUAUAUUGUUAUUCCGUUAAUUAAGGAGAUCAGUAUAUAAAUAGGCCACUUUUGUACUACAUAACAAAAACUUAUCGUAUGAUCCCCUAUUUGAUUUAUUGUUCUUGUUUGGGUUUUUUUUGUAAUUUGCAAUAAAUGACAUUAAUGUGAGUGUUUGAUUUAAUCAACAAAAACCUAGCUGCCGUGGGUUUGUGCAUGAGAAAACAUAAUCAUUGUUAAAUUAGAAAAAUGUUAACCGGUGAAAUUAUCUUAAAUGUAAUGUACUUUAAUCCAUAUUGAUAUCGACAUAUGAAACAAACCAUCGUAACGGUAUUGAGGUAACUGUAUGUAUACAUUAUAAUAGAAGUAUAUGAUAAAAUAAAUCUCAAGUUGUCUUAUUUUUAGCGUGCAAGGAAAAAAAGAUGGGUUUUUUAAAAUUUAUUUUUAAUCAGUUUAUGAGUAUGUACGUAUCAACUGAUUUGGCUUGAAUUAAUGUUGUAUAAAAUGUGUCUUUAAAUUUCUUUCGUCAAUAAGAUAAUAAUUUCUUUUCUAUGUGGAAAAAGACAGCACCUGUUAAAAAUUAGAUUUUAUAAGACAAUAUGUACAUGUAACAUAGUUUUCAAAUCAAACAAUGUUAAAGAAAAACUGUGAUGGAUUCACUUGCUAUCCCAAACCAAAACAACGUUGUAAGAACAGAGCAGGAAUAUGUUAAUGAGACACAUAUAAAAGAAAUCCAGGGUCUUUGUUGCGUAAGGAAGACCCUGUCAGAUUUGUGACUAUUAGAUGGGGCAAUUUUACACACACAAAAAUUGAAAA